AUGUCUCCGAUCCCUCCGUCAACCCAGCAUAAACCCACUCUGCGUCUUCAUCUGGAUGACAUUACUCACUCUGCAACACAAAUCACGAACGCUUCUCUUGAUGGAGGGCUCUACCUUGCACGAGCCAUUGACCAUGUUUUGACCCACCUCUACAAACCCCAUGGAUUGAGCGAAAUACCUAAGGUUAGAUCUGUGACUGUUGUCUUGCGAUCAAUGGGCGGAGUGGCAUAUACUACUGGCUUGCCGCUAGACGAUCUCCAUAAGGAGAUCCAUCUAUCAUUGGACUAUGUUCAAGCUGUUCAAUCUCGAAACUCAACGGGGAUCCGCCAUGAAAUCGCUGGAGUCGUUACACAUGAGAUGGUUCACUGUUUCCAGCACAAUGGGCAUGGUACUUGCCCGGGGGGGCUAAUUGAAGGAGUUGCAGACUUUGUUCGGCUAAAGGCCGGAUUGGCACCACCACAUUGGAAAAAGUCCCCAGAGACAAGGGGUGAGAGAUGGGACGAAGGAUAUCAGAAGACAGCAUGGUUUCUGGAAUGGCUGGAGGACAAGAAAGGUGCAGGCACUGUGAGCAGGCUAAAUGCUACACUGAAGACAGAGAAAUACGACGAGGAGAAGUUUUGGAAAAACCUGGUUGGCGUCUCCGUCGAGAAGCUAUGGAGUCAGUACAAGGAGACUUGGGAAGAGCAGAAGCCCAAGUGGGACUGUGGCAAAGCAGGAGGUGAAGUAAAUCGAGCCUCAUGA